GAAGUGCGCUGAGCGAAGCUCAGAGAGGCCGUGGAUUCUAGAAAGUUAGGCUUUUUUUUUUUUUUCCCCUACGGCUCAGACACCUUCCGGUGCCCAGCUACUCCGGCUCUUGCCCUUUGACCUCGCUUUCGCGGCGGGGUGAGAGGUCGGUGGCCAUCUUGUGGCGGCGGCGCGGGCGGCUGUUACUGCGGAGACCUAUCCCCUCCCCCGCCGGGUCCCCGGAGGCUGUCAGACAGUGAAGAGUCCGACUGGCCGUCCGGUGAGGCCCGGACCUUGUGCCGUCUUUCUCCCCGCCGCACUGGGCGGCUCAGGCCGCUCCCUGCCGGUUCUCACCGCCGCCACCAUGUCCUCCUUCUCCGAGUCGGCGCUGGAGAAGAAGCUCUCGGAGCUGAGCAACUCUCAACAAAGCGUGCAGACUCUGUCCCUGUGGCUCAUCCACCACCGCAAGCACGCGGGGCCCAUCGUCUCCGUGUGGCACCGGGAGCUUCGCAAAGCCAAAUCAAAUAGGAAACUUACUUUUCUGUACUUAGCCAAUGAUGUCAUUCAAAACAGUAAAAGGAAAGGACCUGAAUUCACUAGAGAAUUUGAAUCUGUCCUUGUGGAUGCUUUUUCUCAUGUUGCCAGAGAGGCAGAUGAAGGCUGUAAAAAACCUUUAGAAAGAUUGCUGAACAUCUGGCAAGAAAGAAGUGUGUAUGGCGGCGAGUUCAUACAGCAGCUGAAGCUGUCUAUGGAGGACUCCAAGAGCCCUCCCCCCAAAGCAACAGAGGAGAAGAAAUCUCUAAAGCGGACUUUUCAGCAGAUACAAGAGGAGGAAGAUGAUGACUAUCCUGGAAGCUACUCCCCGCAAGAUCCUUCUGCAGGACCACUCUUGACUGAGGAACUAAUCAAAGCUUUACAGGACCUGGAAAAUGCUGCUUCAGGGGAUGCUACAGUCCGACAGAAAAUUGCUUCCUUGCCCCAGGAAGUACAAGAUGUUUCUCUGUUAGAAAAAAUAACAGACAAAGAGGCAGCUGAACGUCUUUCAAAAACAGUAGAUGAAGCGUGUCUCUUACUAGCAGAAUAUAACGGACGCCUGGCUGCAGAACUGGAAGAUCGGCGCCAGCUGGCUCGGAUGUUGGUGGAAUACACCCAGAAUCAGAAAGACGUCUUGUCAGAAAAGGAGAAAAAACUGGAAGAAUAUAAGCAGAAACUUGCUCGGGUAACGCAGGUCCGCAAAGAGCUGAAGUCCCAUAUCCAGAGCUUGCCAGACCUCUCAUUGCUGCCCAAUGUCACAGGUGGCUUGGCCCCCCUGCCCUCUGCUGGUGACCUGUUUUCAACUGACUAGGGAGGAGCGGUGUUCCAGAUUCCCGUCUGUACCAGCAGAAAGAAGAGGGCAAGUCAUGGCUGGAAAUAAGCUUGUACCCCCAGCCUCAAGAAAGAACCACAGACUGAUUCUCCUCUCCAGCCUCUCCUGUUGAGCAUAAAUUCCUAACAGUGGCGAGUAGAAUCCAGUUUAGAUUCAUGUUUGGAAAGAAUGUGGAUGUCUCCCACCUUAUGUUUUCAUGCCCCUAUUGGUUUCCAUUCUUUUAGUUCUAUCUCUACACCCAAAAAACUUAUGAGAAUCAUGUGUACUUCUGGAAGCUUUCAUAAGAAUCUUGUCCCUCAUGGCAUUUUGUCAUGAAAACAGAUUCUCCUUUCUGAGCUGAGUUCAUUGAGGUUCACUACAGGCUUCCACUAAGGGACCUGCUCUGGAGUCAUCAGUUUUUCCAGCUCUCAUCCACCCAGAAGUCUGGAGGCACAACUGUCAAGCAGCUUUGUCGUGAAGAAUUUGCCAAAUCCUUGAUCCUCUUUCACCAUUACUCAGAGCAAUUUGUAGUCGAAGGUUAGGUGCAUUUGUUAUGUAAGCAGAUAAGAGAAUCUAGCAGUAAGACUCGAAAGUGAUCUGGGACAUAAAGUCACAGUUCAGAGGCAGAGUAACAGGAAUCACAAACCUGAGUUUAAAAAGACAAGUAAGUGAUUUGGUUUUGGUUCCUACAGACAGCCUUCCCAGGAUGCACUUAUCAGGGGUCCCAUCCCUGUGAUUGAGCAUGCUCCUUAAAACAAGAUCUUCUGGCCCCAGGUGGUUUUGAAGGCUUUGUUAGAAAUGGCACUGAUGGCCCCCCAAAGCUAAUGGCAGUCUGUGCUUUGUGUGGCGAGUUGGGCACAAUAACAUUAAUUCACUGUGUGGCUUAUGUCCACAUUUUGGUGACUAAACUUGAAUGUCUCCCUUGCAGAUAGAACACUGUGCAUGUUUGUCUUUCAGUUGAUGCCACUGUGCAUGUCCUUGUGCCCACGUGAGGAGUGCUUUGCACUGGAUGUUUCUGAAUGGCUCAUCUUGGGCAGGGGAAGGAGCAAAGCCAGGGGUGUUAACUUGGGGUUUUAAUUCCAUUAUCAUGCCAGCUGACAUCAUGACUAUUACAAUAUAGUUACUGAAAAUUUUUACCUUGCUUUUUAGUAAAGGUUUGACUCGCUAACUGUAAAUCAUUCUCAUUUGGCCAGCUUAUUUUUUGCAUUGGAAGGGGCAGAAAACAGUUUGCCCCAAGAGUGUAAUAGGAAAUAGAGCCUAAUGACUGAAAUCCAAAAGCUAUAAGAAGGAAUUCAGCAAGAGGGCUUCAGAGUCUUCUUUAUUCAGAGUUGUUAUUUUCAGGAUUACCAAAAAGCCAAUUUCAUGUAAUUUUACAUGUCAAACAUGUCCAAACAUAACCUGUGUUUUAAAAAAAUGUAAUCACCUUCCCUUUAGAAAAGCUCCUUGCCUGCCGUGAAGUGAGAACAAUGAAAGGUCACCGCAGAUGUUAAACUUAAUCUGUAGAAGAACCUAGUAGCAAUUAGGCUAUUUUUCAGGUUUGAAUAUGGAGUGUGUUGUGUGCUCAUUGGCACUGCCUGUUGUCCUGUCAUUAGGCUAAUGAGUCUGUAAAGUAUUUUUCUCCUAGAGGCCAUAGGGCAGUAGUUGACUUGACUAAAAAUUGCUGCCAUAAAUUUCAGUCUUCACGGUUUCUACACACAUGCUCCCCAUGUAGUGUGGGGGCUUUAAGUCUUACAUGGGAGCAGUUUCUGAGCAGACCCAACUGGGACAUACUCUGCUGUCACCAAGGAGGCGGAAUUUUGCUAGCCACAAGCCAGCCAAAAGGGUCUAGUAAAUGCAGUAGUUCUGAUCAGCUAGAUGAAAACGUAACAGUAUGAUGGAUUUUGUCCGCUCUGUUUUUAUCUGAUUGAGUAUGACCAACAAUUGGCUCACAAUUAUUACAGCAAGAACAAGAAGUGAAUCUGUAGCAAUUACGUUAAUGACUGUUGGCCUCUUGACAACCUGUUACUAGUGGACUUCCUGUGAGGAAGUUAGUUUUGUUUUUUAGUUCUUAAUGAAAUGCUUUUGGUCUUAAAUUUUAAUUAUUCCCACACCCUCCUCAAGUGUGCUUUACUUCACUCACUUAAUUUAAAUGAACCUUACUCCUUGUAUGUCUGAGGUGAUUGGGUGGGGUGGGAUGGGUGGUUUUUGUUUCAUGUUUCUCUUAGGCCUCUAAGGACCUUUCCUUUAGGUCAUAUUCCUCAGAAAAUCUCCAAUCUUCUUUUCUUUCUCUUUCUUCCUUCCUUUCUUUUUUUUUCUUAAAGAAUAUUUUUAAAGCUUAAAUUUGUAUAUUAAUUUAGGACUUUAUUUAGAAGUAUAGGCUGUCAUUGGUGGCAGCAGUAUAUUCUGAAAUGUCUCAUAGAUAUAUAUAUUUUUGAAUAAAGAUGGUGUUGUUGAACGA